CGCGGGGGGAGGGGGCGCUUAGACGGCUAUCUGAUCUGGUCCCCGUGUGUGUGUGCUUGUGUGUUUUCUUUUUUCCGAAGUUGAAGUUUCCGGAAGGACUCCCAAAAAGGCAGUCGGGGAGGAGCCCCGCCGUUGCCGGAUGCUCGCCUUUUUAGGAAUAGGGCUCAGCAACCGGAAUAUACCUCUCCCGGGGGUUGCAGAAAGCGAUCUCUGGUGGUCCCCCACGCCGCAGCCCCUUCCCCACGCCGAUGGCCACGUGCGCCGGAGAUCCGGCUCGAAAUUGGCAGCCACGCCGCGGCUCCGCUGCCCUUGCCAUGCUAUGCCCAAGUUUGCCGCUUCUUCUGCACGGUAUAGAAAGAAAGCAGGGGCGGGGAUGCAGCCACUCCGGGCGCGCCAUGCUAAUUUCCCAUGUGACGAGCCUCCCCGGCCGCCCUUCCCCGUUCCUCAGUCCUUAUAUGGGCAGUGACGUAGCGGGCAUUCACGGCCUCCCAAUAAAUACUUAGAGCAAGACUUUCCAUCUACCGAGAGCUGCGAUUGAUUAAAACGGGCUCUGCAAGGGACACCGACUGUUACAACAACAUUUACAGCAACUCCCGGGGCUUUGAAACAGAGCAGUUAUCAGAGAGAGGCAGAGCAAGAGCCUCUCUUUAGAUAUAGGAUUAAAACAAAACAAAACAAAACAACAUCUAUCUACUGGAGGAGAAUCGACCCUUUUUCCCUAUCCCUGCACAAUAAUUACACCACGGGCAAGGCAGGGCACUUUCCAUUGUCUGUGGAGCAAAUGAUGACCGCCAAGACGGUAGACAAAAUCCCAGUCAGUCUGAGUGGGCUUGUGCACCACCUCCCUGAAAGCAUUUACUCAGUGGAGGACAUCGCCACUACCUUGCCAGGAUCAGUGAUCAACUUUCCUAAUGGUGACUUGGGAGGACCCUUUGACCAGCUGAGCAGUGUGACAGGAGAUCAUGGCCUGAUCGACAUGAGCGACAAGCGGUCCCUGGAGCUGCCGUACCCCUGCAGCGGCUUCGCGCCGCCUUCCCGCGGCCAGCCCUUCACCUACAUGGGCAAGUUCUCCAUCGACCCGGCGCAGUACCCCGGCGCAGGCUGCUAUCCGGCCGACGGCAUCCUCAACUUGGUCAGCGCCGGCAUCCUGCAGGGGGUGGCUGCUCCCUCGUCGUCGUCGUCCGCCGUCGCCUCAUCCUCAUCCGCCCCCUCGUCGUCUUCGGUCACUUCGUCGUCCGCCGCCUCGUCGGGAUCUCCCAACCCGCUGGGCUGCGCCAUGGCGCCCACCGCCGGCGACUUGGAGCACAUGUACUCGCCGCCUCCGCCGCCCUAUUCAGCCUGCGGGGAGCUUUUCCAGCCGCAACAGCACCACCACCACUCCCAGCAGCAGCAACAGGCGCAUCCGGACGGCUCUUCGGCUUUCCUGGCCGCCUCUUCGGGGCCCUACCCUCCGCCCCCUUCCUACCACCACUCCCCCAAGGCGGGGACGCCAUCCGGGGCCGACGGCGGCGGCCUCUUCUCCAUGAUCCAGGACUACCCGAGCUUCUUCCCGCCGCCGCCGCCGCCCCCGCCGUGCAGCCAGCGCGACCUCCACGGCGGCGCCGUCGAGCGGAAGCCGUUCUCGUGCCCGCUGGACUCGGUGCGCGUCCCGCCUCCGCUCACGCCCCUCUCCACCAUCCGCAGCUUCAGCCUGGGCGCGCCCCCUGGCGGCUUGGGCGACGGCCCGGCGUCGGGGCCCGCGGCCCGCUUCGCGCCCGGCGCGUACGGCAGCCCGGCCCACUUGCCCUUGCGCCCCAUCCUGCGCCCGCGCAAGUACCCGAACCGUCCCAGCAAGACGCCCGUGCACGAGCGGCCUUACCCGUGCCCGGCCGAGGGCUGCGACCGGCGCUUCUCGCGCUCCGACGAGCUGACGCGCCACAUCCGCAUCCACACGGGCCACAAGCCCUUCCAGUGCCGCAUCUGCAUGCGCAACUUCAGCCGCAGCGACCACCUCACCACGCACAUCCGCACGCACACGGGAGAAAAGCCCUUCGCCUGCGACUUCUGCGGGAGGAAGUUCGCCCGCAGCGACGAGAGGAAGCGCCACACCAAGAUCCACCUGCGCCAGAAGGAGCGCAAAGGCGCCAACGCGGCCUCCGGCCCGGGAUCGGCCUCAGCCUCGGCCCCCGGUGCGCCUCCGCCCGGCUCCAUGUGCUCCGGCGGCGGAGGCGCCACUCUAACCUCGUGUGCCUCUCGGACCCGGACGCCCUGAUCCUGAAGCCUCUGGGCCCGCUUUUGGCCACGGACUCGCGUUGCGCGUGAGGGGGCCUCGCCGCCUCCUGCGAUCUGCCCGUCCCGCCGUCGGUGGGCAGCGUCCGGCAGGUAACCGGUAAAGGAUCGCCCGCUCUCCACGCCUCAUGCUUGCUGGGGCGGGCUGCUGGACAAACUGCAGGGAGCGAUCGGGUCGGGCCGGACUUUGAGAAGCGCCCCUUCUUAGCACAGAACGGUACCUUUCCUGUGGGGAGAGUCGGGGAGGGGAGGGGAGGACUCUCACGUGCACUUUAUAGCUCCCCAAGAAUCCAGCAGCAAGGAUCCCUUGUUAUUUGCCAAAGCCGCCCAACCCCUGUCCUCCUCACCCCCUCUCGCACGCACCAACCUCGGCGUUGUCAAAGAUGGAAACCGUUUUUGUUUCGUUUUGUUUUAACAAUCAAAAUGCAACUAAUAUAGCAGCGGCCCCCCGAGCACUGUUCACUUGGAAAAGCAUGCAAAACCAAUGGAAAUCCAUGCGUCCCUAGAUAAAACAGAAGUGUAAUGGGGACAGGGCAGG